GUAUUUAUUAGUUACUGCAGACGAAAAACAGUUCGGCUAAAUUCGGUUGGUCGAUAAUCAGAGUCGGUGAGAGUCGAAGUGUUGAAAGUAGCGAAUAAUAGGUCAUCGCACGGAAGUCGAUUCGUUUCGUUCAGUCCAGAUAGGUUGUUCGUACGUCGAGCGUUUCGUACAGUAGUCAUUCAUCAAUUCAACAUUCCAACAGGCCGGGUCUUCUUACCGCCUCUUUAAACAUAUUCUGAUACUCAUUUGAGUGAUCAUUUCAAACGUCAUCAUGUAUGCUUGUACUAGAUUUAUUGUACCUGUCGCCAAAUCGACCUUGGUCUCUGGAACUAAGAAUUAUAUUCGACCAUUGAGCAGUGCUGUGGUAAGUCACAGCCAGUCUAUACAGCAGAAUCAGAUUCAGAACCCAUUCAGUUCUCCAUUGGGACAAUCUUCAAUUAUACGUAAUUUCCAAACAUCUACAAUUAGUCGUGAUAUUGACUCUGCUGCAAAAUUCAUUGGUGCUGGUGCUGCAACUGUAGGUGUUGCUGGAUCGGGAGCUGGGAUUGGUUCAGUGUUUGGUUCUUUAAUCGUAGGCUAUGCCAGGAAUCCUUCUCUUAAGCAACAGUUGUUUUCAUAUGCCAUUUUGGGCUUUGCCUUGUCUGAAGCCAUGGGUCUUUUUUGCCUUAUGAUGGCUUUCUUACUUUUGUUCGCGUUCUAAAUUAUCAAAAUCGCAUAAAAACACAAUAUUACUAGUUUUAGUGCAUCACUGUCAAAGCGGCGUCCUUUGAUUCCUGCAAAGGAAACAGUGGUAGUUGCCUUUGGUGCACGAGAUGCCAUGAAAUCAUUAGAGAUGCUCGAGUACCCCCGGUUCGAUGGGAUAUGCGACGGUACGACAAUGAACUGAAAAAAUGGCGGCUGUACACGUAAUUUAGAUCAUCGAUCGAACCGUCCUUAACCCCUUCGGGGCCUUUCGAACUAAUUUGUAAUUAUUUCAUGGUCUACUUUAUAUCAUGUAGCGUAAAAACUCAUAUUACAUAUUAAUAUUGUACUUCAAUGUAAUGAGAAACGAAUAAGAACAUUAACGAAAGUUUAUUAAAGAAAUUGAAUAAAAAAAAAAAGUAUGAUAAUGUUGCCUGUAAAAUCCAUAUACAUGUAUGUUCAUUACUUUUAAUGUUAUCAAAUAUUAAGAAGCAGUAAUACAUCGAACAUUUUUGUUAGUGUGGAACGGUUCAUCAUUGUUGUGCCAUCGCGUGCGCGCAUUAUUAAGGUAACUGGACGAAGAAAAUUGUACAGUGAUAUCGAAUAAACAUUUGUCGUGAAAUUAUUAUUGAA